AACAUACACCCUCAUCAUCCUAUCAACAAUGGUGGAAAUGGAAGAAGGGAGAGAACCCAAGGAAGAAGAAGGACUGUUCCCACAGCUCCUAACUCGCCUCCAAGAACUCCAAUUGAGAGAAAUUGCGUCUGGGUGCCCAAAGAUGUCAAGCCAUUCACGUUUCAGACCUAAAUAGACCUAUUUUUGCCACAUCAGCGUAGCGGCAACCAAGCGGCACCCAGCGGCAGAAAUUCCAGUGACAGAGCGCUCAAUGGUAGCCCAGCGGCAGCAUUCCAGAAUUCUCCUAUUAUGCUGUUUUUCUUGCUCUACUUGGGUUCCAGUGCCUUCAUUUGAUGCAUAGACUUCUUCAAACUACUUUAAGCACAUAAAAGCAGAGAUUAGUGAUCAAAUUAUCUUAUUAAAGCUUAAGAUGCAACCACUUAAGAAACUAAAAGAAAACUAAAAUUUACAAGGCAAAAAGUUAAGAAAAAGUUGACAUUUUCUCUUAAUUCAAUAAUGAAAUCAUGAUAAAAUAUGCCACUAUCAGAGGCCCUCCUGGUUAUGCUGCACCAGAUCUUUGGUCGCCAAAUUUUCCUGUAACUCAAAAAUGUGAUGUUUACAACUUUGGGAUGCUGUUAUUUGAAAUCCUUGGAAGGAGAAAAAACUUUGAGUUGACCUUGCUGUGAGCCAGGAGUGGUUACCAAUGUGGAUUUGGAAAAAAAAUUGAAGUUAAAGAAGCAGAAGAAUUGAUGGUAGCAAGUGGGAUAGAUGAUCAAAAUAAAGAGACUGCAAAAAGAAUGAUGAAGGCAAGGGCACUUCUUGGUGAUUAUACAGAUAAAGAAGACACAUCAAUCAGGAUUGGUGUUAUAAUGGGUUUGGGUAUUGCAUAUGCUGGUUCCCAGAGUGAGCAGUUACCUGAGAAAUUGAUAGGUGUACUGAAUGAUUCUAAAGCAUCACUUGAUGUGCUUGCUUUCAAUGCUAUUUCUCUGGGCUUGAUCUUUGAGGGUUCUUGCAAUGAGGAAAUUGCCCAAGAAAUUAUAUAUACACUAAUGGACAGGAGUGAGUCAGAGUUAGGAGAGCCCCUUACCCGACUUUUACCUCUUGGCCUUGAUCUUCUAUAUCUUGGGAAGCAGGACAGUGUUGAUGCAACUGCCGAAGUUUCAAAGACUUUUAAUGAAAAAAUUAGAAAGUAUUGUGACAUGACGCUUGUCAUGUGCCUAUGCUGGAACUCGAAAUGUUCUCAAGGUCCAGAAUCUCUUAGGUCAUUGUUUGCAACAUCUUGAUAAAUGUAAAACUCACCAAGGUCCUGGUGUGCUUGGAAUUGCUCUGGUAGCCGUGGCUGAAGAACUGGGACUUGAGAUGACAAUUCGAUCAUUAGAACAUCUACAGUAUGGAGAGCAGAAUAUUUGUAGAGCAGUUCCUCUGGCACUUGGUCUACUUUGCAUAUCAAAUCCAAAGGUCAGUGUUAUGGAUACCUUAAGUAGACCGAGCCAUGAUAUGGAUUCAGAAGUAGCUAUGUGUUGUGAAAGCAUGUGAGGGAGGUAUUCACCUCUUGUAAUGAUGUGCUGCGAAAGAAGUCAUUCUGUUACAUGCUUGCACGUCAUGGAAUUACUUUUGAGCUUGAUGAGGAGAUGGCUGCAGAUGAUGGCAUGGAAAUGUUUUAGGAUAUCCUCAACAAUUCUAAGUUAAGGAUAUCUCACCCUUGCUCGUGAUAUUGAAGUGACGGAGCCCAAAUCCCCCGAGGAUUUAUACAAGGUGUAAUUUUUGGAGAUAAUGUAACUUCUGCUAUAAGGAACUUUGUACCAGAUAUAACUUCCUGUGCAUGUAUAAAUAAUUUAUAUCUAAUGCUAUGAUAUCUUAUUUUUACCAGCUAAAUUUUGGUUCAAAUUCAUAAAAUAA